GGCCGAAUAAACGCGGACCCCAUAAUCACGUGAUUAAAACUCCUUUUGAAGAGUGCUUCUUUCGCUCAAACGAACAACGAUUUCAGAAAGAAAUGGAUAGAGGUUUUGCUCGUAUUCCGCCUUCAAACCACCGAGAUGAUCGUUUGUAUGAUAGUUACUACUCUGAUAGACGAUUGUCUGGAAAUUCUUUUCGAAAUGUAGCUAGAGGUGGAUCGCAAAAUAAAGGUGGCAGAGAUCAAGCCUUUGGAGGGCAGUGGGGAGGAGCAAAUCGCGACCGUGGAUUCUUUGGUCAAGGAGGUCAGAACAGUACAGGUCGGGACCGUGGUGGUCAAGGUGGCUUUUUAAAUGGUCAAAUGUUAGAAACUUUAAAACAACAACAAAGUUUAUUAAGCGCUUUUAUGACAACACAGUCACAACAUGGAUUAAUGAAUCAGAGAAAUUUAGGAAGAUUUGGUAACCAGAGCAAUCAAAAUAGAGGUCAAUUUAAUAAUCGUGGUUCAAGGGGCUCAAAUCGUCCUGGUGAUAAAAGAAAAAGUGAUGGAGGAAACAAUUCAUCUAUGAGUAAAAAAUCUAAGAAACCUGCAACUACUGUUAAGAAAGAGGCUGAAGCUACUAAAGUUGAGUUAGAUAUCCCAGAUAGUGAAGUAGUAAUACCUGAUUCUCUAAUGGAUGCAAUAGAAGAACUACGACAGCGUAAAGAUAAUAUAGAAAGAAAUGUAGCUGAUGAAGAUGUUGGAAAGCUUACAGUUUUUUCUUUUACCGGAAAGGGUUACUCCUGUAAAACAUGUGGUUCUAUUCUUAAUAAUAAGCAGACUUUUUCAAGCCAUGUCAUGGGGAAAUCACAUGUCAUGAAAGUAAUAGAAGCUCGAACUGCCAAGACUUAUCAAGAAACCAGAGAUUUACUCGAUAUUGACUUAGCUCCUGAUGACUGGUAUGAGAAAUCUGAAAAAGUUAGAAGUAUUUUAUUAAUGCAGGCUAAAUUAAUCAUGAAGCAAAACUUAGAAAAAGAGCAGCAAGAAAGGCUUAACUACAAUAGUAAUCCAGCUAACUUCUUUACUGUAAGCAUGGAGACAAGAAAGACAGCAGUAAAGAAUGAGAAUGUUGUAACCAUAACAUCUCUUGUUGAAUCAAGAAUGGAAAUAAAAGAUUUUGUCGGUGAUAAAUUUUUUGGCUGUGAGUUUGUAAAAGCUGUUUCUGGCUUUCAUUGUCGCCUGUGCGAUUCUUACAUUAAAGAUGCUGCAAAAGUUGUUCCUCAUAUUAAUGAUAAACAACAUAGGAACAACUAUCAGGCUCACAUACGUAAAAAUGCAAAUUAUGAAAAACAACAAAAAGACCAGAAUGCUGAUCUUGCUGCAAUAUUGGCGGAACAAGAAAAUAAAAAUGUCUUACUUUCACAAACCCCUGGUGUUUCAUCAAGUCCUUUCUUAUUAGCAUUGGAACCUAGUUGUAUACAAGUUCCAAAACUGAUGAAUCCUAAAGUUGAAGAAAAAGAAAAAACUGUUAAACCUAACGAAGAUGAAAAGGGAGAAGAAAUAAAAGAAGUGCCAGAGAAAGAAACAGAAAAGCAAGAGUCUGUUGUUGAAGAAACAGCCACCGAGAGCGCCAGUACCGAUGAGAAAGAAAGUGCCCAGUUAAAAGACUCUGUAGAUGAUAGUCAGCUUGCGAGUGAGUCAAACACUUCAGUUGUUGAUGAAGUAAAGGUAGUAGAGGAAAUAAAACCUAAAGAAGAAGUAAAAGUUGAAGAAGAAAGUCCUUUGAAAUCUAUUUUGAAGGUUCCGAAACAAAAAGAUCCUCUUUGGGUAGACGAUUACUGAUCGAUGCUUGCGGUAUUUAUUUUUCUACGUUCUCUUUAAGGUUUACAUAAUAAUUUUGUCAUUCAGAACACUUCUACUCCAAAAGGAGGUGCUACAACACGGAGGGGAGGUCGUGGACGUGGUCGAGGCUCCCCUCGUGCUAGAGGGAGACGUGGUGCGAAGGAUGAAAUCGAUUUCACCAAGGACGAUGAUGAUUUACUUCCUAAUCCUGAUGGCAGCUUUCAAUUAGUUGACGAGGUUGCAGAUGUGUUGUAAAGUUAUAUAGUGGAAAGCUAAAAGUCUUGAUCAAAACCGUUCGUAGCACAACAAGUUAUUUUUAUGAAGUGACUUAAUUAUUUAUCCGCAUUAUAGAUUUGUAUAACCAUA